CGAUUAUUAUGUAAACAGUAAAGAUGGCGGCCCGCUGCGGGCUCCGUGCACUGCUCGGUCAAACGGUGAGCUGCUUCAGGUGUUCGGGUCACCUGAGAUGGAUCUCCGCUGCAGACAGUUUGGUCAUGAAGCCUGUCAGGCAUCACAGUGUGUCUGUGAACUCAGAGUCUGUGGCGGGAAAGCGCUCAGCAUGCUGGGUAACCGUGAGCGGCCAUGAAUCCACCAGGAGAACCUUCCAGAACCCACAGCGUGGAGGAGCAGCGCUGUGGGCAGCACUCGCCUUUUCGCUGUUCAGCAGCUCUGAAGAAGAUCAACGAGAUGAAGCUGAGAGGAAGGAGGACGAGAUGAUCCUGCUGCUGAAGAAGGCCAAGCUCAGCAUCUAUCGAGAUCAGCUGCAGGCCGCCUCGGGGUUCCUCCAUCAAGCCGUGGUUCUAGCCCAUCAGAACCACAACAACCAGGCCAUCAUCUACACCUACAGCCUGAUGGCAAACUUGGCCUACGUUCAGGGUCAGCUGGACAGCGCAGAGAAACUCUUCAAAGCAGCGAUGAGCUUCAUGCUGGCAGGCGGGACUCCAGAGGAUGACAACGCCGUCGUCGAGAUGUCUCUGAAACUCGCCACCAUCUAUGCCGAGCAGAACAGGGUGGAGCUUGCAGAACAUGGUUUCAGGUUCUGUACAGAGUCUCUGGAGGCCAAACUGGAGAAACACAAGGAGCUGCAGGAAGACGAGCAGACAGAGGAGCAGGAGGCUCUGAGGAAGGAGACCCGCCUCCUGCUUGGUCUGUGUUUGGACUCGAGGGCUCGAUACCGAGCAUCAACUCUGCACCUGAAGCAGGCAGGACAAGACUACCAGGACGCCCUGAACAUCUGCCGCCAGGAGCAGGGAGAGACACACCNNCAGACUCUGGUGCUGAUGAGCGACCUGGCCACCAUCUUGGACCUGCAGGGUCGUCAUGACGACGCCCUGGUCCUGGUCCAGCAGGCGGUGGAUCUGAGCCGCUCCGUCGGACACCCGGACCAACACGUGCUGCUGGGAAACAUGGCCGGCAUCCUGCUGCACACAGGACGGCUGGACGACUCGGUCCGGUUCUACCAAGAGGCUCUGAGCCUGGCCCAGCAGGCCGGAGACCAGGAGACUGUGGAGCGGAUCCAGGAGGGGCUGAAGGAGGUAAAGAAGAGGAGGAACCAGGAGAGGACGGAGGACGGGAAGUCGGCCACACAAUGACUGAGGAGGAUGAGGGUUUAGAGAUGGAGAGCCUGAAGACCAGAACCCGGACUGGGUUCGGUCUGCAGGAUCCUGGUGGCUCCUAUGUCAUGUGUCCACAUCUGACUGUUGAGAUUCAUCAUCAGUGUCCCCAAGGACAGACCCUCAUUCAGACCCGGUUUGUGUUCUGGUCCAAAGUGUAGUUUCUGUGUUGAUGUCUUUGUCCUCCUUCAGAUGUCCAACAUGAAGCUGCUCCUGCAGUCUGACAGAACCGAGAACCCAACUCUUUCUGUAAACUGUUAAAUACACAGCAGCUCACAGGAC